AUGAUUGCCGCAUCGUCUGCAACACCGCCGCUAGCCAAAUACCUCGCGUCCACAGAUAAAAGAACGCGCGAUAAAUCCAUUAAAAAACUCUCCGUCUUCCUGUCAGAGUCUUCGGAGAAUGCGCUACCCAAGGAAGAUAUGGAUAAGCUGUGGAAGGGGAUCUUCUACUGUUUCUGGAUGUCAGAUAAACCGCUAGUGCAGCAGGCGUUAGCCGACGAGCUGGCUGAGUUGGUGCUUAUGAUCACGACGACGUCCCAAUCUCUAGCCUUCCUACGGGGAUUCUGGGAAACGAUGGUCCGAGAAUGGAGCGGCAUUGAUCGUCUUCGGAUCGACAAAUACUACAUGCUCGUGAGGCGGUACAUAAAUGCGUCUUUCAAGCUCCUUUCGCGUGCUGGAUGGGACAAGGCAUCCUGUGAAGAGUACAACGAUAUUCUGACUCGGGAGGGAGGACCACUAUGUUUUAGUCCGUCAGAUCUCCGUGUACCCACCAGCUUGGCGUACCAUCUUGCCGAUAUCUACAUCGAGGAGCUGGACAAGGUCAUGGCCGCCGAGGAAAAGUCGUUGCCUGCACCUCUUAAUAUAGUGCUCGCCCCGUUCUUCAACCUUGCCGCCCUAACACCCAAUUCGACGACGUAUCGUCGUGUCCAGUUGGCACUCUUGGACCCUCUUUUCCGAUCUGUGACUACGCAAUCUACAUCCAAUUCGGACGAUAAUGCUCGUACGACGAAACGACGGCGAUUAGCCGAUUCCGAAUCCUUGUACCCCCAUCUUAUCCAAAACGCCUGUCUCGCUGAUCCAUCGAGCGGCAAACUCGGUUCUGUGCCUCUAAAGCAAGGGCUGUCGAAAUACUUGUUCGACACUGCGAGUAACCCCGACACGAAGGAUUCGAAUCGCCGAAAAAUGUAUACUUUAUGGAAAGAGACGGACGGGGAGGACCUCCAUGACUAG